GCACACGCACAGCUGAUGUUGACGUUUGUCGCUCGAAUUUGUUUGCCUUUUUCCAGUUCGUGAAUUCGUGGCUGUUCGCUCGGAAAAGCAAUUUCCCGGAAAAACCCGUGCGUGCGUGUUAAGAACGUUUUCCAUACGCGUGAAAGGUAAAUUCUUUCGUUGGUACUACAAGUGUAUGCGUUUACGAAAACGUAGCGGACGUGCGGUCCAUGGCAUACGGCGUGCGUGUACAAGAUCGGUGCGGACCAUCUUGUGGCGUGGCUUCUUUCGUAGUUGUAUUUUUAUUGUUGUUACUACUAUCGCGAUUUGCCGUGCAAGAAGGAUGAAAUGAUGUGAUCGCUAUGUGCAGGUGGGGGGAACGCAUGCAAUUUGUUUACAUUUUCGCAAAUCCGUACUACGGUGGCUGUGUGAUCGAAAUACGAAAUUCAAGGUCCUGUGCUGAUAGGGGCGGGUAGUUUGAUUUGUGCGCCCAGUUACGCAAUUUACGCGGUUUCGGAAGCUCUAAGUGUGGUGGAAGUGAGUGAUGUGGUGCUCGGUAUGCAUUGGAGUUAAUUAGAUGAUUAGAUCGGCCGCAUCGAAUAGGGUGGGGAAAAGGUUUUUGCGAAAGUAGUGCAGUGAGAAGAACGUCAGCAUCCGCAGCAAGCGGAGUAAACGUCAAGUGAUGUGGAAUGAAAAAAAGAAAAGAAAAGAAAUGAAGCUUCAAAUCUACGCGAAAUCAUCUCAGCGAAAAGCGGUCUACGUGUGUGUGUUGUGGGUUUGGGUGGUUUGCAAAUGAGGGUAAAAUGAAAGAAAUAAAAAUGCGUCUCACUUUGAUUAAAAAUAGAUUAUCCGUGUGUGUUGUUUGGUAAAUAUUUUCUCACCCAGAGGCGCCUACCACCUGCAUUUUAGGGCCGCUCUUGUUACCUUGACAGCAAACAGUUAGUUCAAGGGCAAUUUAUUUGUGGAUGCUUUUUCUCACCUUUUAUGGCAUAUUUUCACCGGCACAGCCGAAGGAAAUGUGAUGCGAUUGAUGUGCUAUUAGCGUGCCAUUGUUCCCGAUUAGGAACGCUUGUUCGUUUGAUUGUUUCUUUUUUUUUCUUGUCAUAUGGAUGCAUUUCAUGCUUGAUUGCAUUUUCGAUCCAGUUCAAGUUCAGCGAACACCGGGUAUCGUUUGUUAUUGUUUACCUCUUUUUCCCCAUCCGCCGUGAUCUUUCUUUUCUUGCUGUCUCUCAUUGUUUUAUGAUUAAGUAAUUUUAUAUAAUUAUUGUAUAAGCUUUUAUCAAAUUUAUUUAGGAAGCAGAUACGGUAAGUACUUUUAUUAUUUUUGUUUGUUUAUUAUCCUAAUCCCAAAAUCGUCCCAAGUCUUUCUGUAGUACACAAUUGAUUUACAAUAUUUUUCACAUCUUAUUUACAACUUAAUGGAAAUAAAUAUCAUCCAAGUCUUCCUUGAUCUAUUUGCUCGAUCAUAGUUGACUGAGAGAUCGCACAUUUGGUUCAAUUGUAGUGCGUUUGCUCUUGCAUUGAAAGCAUCCCAAAAAUAAAACUUCUUGGAAGAUCACAGAGCUCGUAGCUAAAGGAGCGCAAGGGGUAAGAAGCCAACAUAUUUCACGCAGGAUAAUGUGCAGCAAGCUUCUGUGUGUGUGUGAGUGAAAAAUGGCGCGUGAAGUGAAAUGUUGUUAGUGACGUGCAAAGGAAACAAAACGACGCAUCUUUCGCCAAGAAAUUUUCAAGUUUCCCGACGUCGGGCCGCGAUAUUGAGUUUAUUUAUUUACGCGCGUAACAAGUGUCACCGUGAAAUGUGAAAUAAUCGUGCACGAUUAUUGGUGAUCUUUCUGAAUGAAGAAUUUCUUAUCCGUUUUUUUUUGUUGCGUAGUUUUUUUUUGUUUUAAUUUUUGAGCGUGCACGUAGUUUGUUUUAUGAGUUUGUGCUAAAACGAGAAAUCAAAAAAAACGAGUGAAGUGUUUGCUUGUGUAGUGAGUUUCAAUGGAAACGGAAGCGAAUGAUGCCUUACAGCCGCCAUCACCACCGGUUGCUAAUGGGGAGGAAAUAUCCAACCCAAUGCCACCGCCUCCUUCUGGGGGUGCUGCUGGCGGUGGUGGUGGAUCCGGUAUACAACCCCCCAAGGUGAGAGCACUUCCGAAACCAUCCGGCAUUAGGCCACCGACCGCGAAUUUGCACGGAGGCUCUACCACCUCGCUGGCGAGUACGAGCUCCCAGCUAACUACGGCAUCUUCCGCUGUUACCGGUACCGCCACAAGCACAACGUCCGCCACCCGGAUAGGGCGGCUGUGCAUGGGACAUACACCACCGAAGGCUGGACCUCCACCGCCGGAACCAAAACUAUCUACAAUCGACAGUAAAAUGAGACGACCGAGCGACUCCGAUUAUAACAAAUCACAUCUACCAGAUGUGGACGAAGAAAGCGAAACUGAUCUAGCGUUCGAGCGGCCCGUCUCGUCCAGAUCGUCCCACUCGCCAGACUCUGGCUUCAAAAGCAAUCGCUCCGAUCGUAAGACUUCCAGCGCCUCCACCGGCUCCGACGUGUAUUGGGAGGCCACCGGAAGACGCCGAAGCUCAGAUCAGGGUGCCGUACUGACGACGGACACGGACAGUUUUAUCAUCGGGCAGCGCGUUUGGGUUGGAGGCAUCCGCCCGGGACAGAUUGCCUACAUCGGCGAGACACACUUUGCGCCCGGCGAAUGGGCUGGUGUGGUGCUGGAUGAACCGAACGGCAAGAACGAUGGUUCGGUGGCGGGCAAACGCUACUUCCAGUGCGAAGCGAAGAAGGGUGUCUUCUCACGGCUGACCCGCCUAACCCGGGAACCGCUGGCGGUCGGUGCUGGUGGUGGUGGGGAUUCUUCCGCCUCUACACCGCUCGAUACGAGCUUCCGGUCACUGACGUCACCGGCACGGUCCGGUACCGUUUCGCCAACGCACAGCGUCCAGAGCUAUGCCAGCAAAUCGCCAGCCAUGGCCGGAAAGGCAGCCUCACUGAAUGUUGGCGACCGGGUAAUCGUAUCGUCCGGGUUCGGUUCCCGGCCCGGCAUACUGAAGUUUAUCGGCGAAACGCAAUUCGCUAGCGGCACCUGGUGCGGUGUACAGCUCGAUGAAGCAAGCGGCAAAAACGACGGUACGGUGGAAGGUGUCAGAUACUUCGAGUGCCCGGCCAAGUACGGUAUAUUUGUACCGAUUGCCAAGGUCACGCUGUCACCAUCCGGUCGCAAAACUUCGGCCCGGCUGUCCCGGGCCAACUCGAAGGAGUCGCUCAACUCGCUGGCCACGAUGAGCUCGAUCGCCACCACGGCCACCUCACGGCUCCGGAUGAGCGCACAGAGGAAAUCAACGGUCAGCGCUGUGCCGUCGACACCGAAAGCUUCCUUCUCGCUUCAGGAUGUUUUGCGGGAGAAACAAAAUCACAUCGAGCAGCUCAUGCAGGAGCGUGAAAUUGAUCGUGAGGAAACGGCUAGCCAAUCGAUCAUGUACCAAAAGAACAUCCAACAGCUGAAGGAAAAGGUUGCCAUGUUGGAAAAAUCGCUGUCCGACGAGAAGCGUCGCAACGAAGAUUUGCAGUUUAGCGUGGACGAAGCUACCUUCUGCAGUGAAGAGAUGAACGCUCAAACGCAGGUAUAUAAAGAAAAGAUAGCCGAUUUGGAAGCUCAGCUUGCUGGCGGAUCUCCGGCAAAGGGCAAUGAAUUAGUACAAGCGGCAUCGUCGGAAGAUUUCGUCGCUAUUAAAGCAGAACUAAAUACCGAAAUCGAUAAGCUUAAAGCGGAGAUUCUGGCCAAAGAUCAAAAGUUACAUCUAACCGAGGAGCUGAAGCGGUCGCUCGAAAACGAGAUACAGAAUCUACACGAGAGAGUUGCGGACGCUGAACGGGCCGCCGACAGUAAGCUGUCAGCACUCACGAUCAGUGAAGAGUGUCUGAAGGAACAGAUCAACUACCUCGAGCAUCGGGUGGAAGAGCAAAGCGAUCAGCUAACGGUGAAGGACGCUGAGCUAGAGCAGCAGUAUCUUGCACUAAAAAAUGCUGAAAGUGAACAGGAAGAGCGUUUGGCGGCGAUGCAGGAUGAGGUACGGGCCAAGAAGGAUAUGCUUACUGAACGAGAAAAGUCGAUGCAAAUAUUGGAACAGACUGUGGAAGAUUUGCGCAACGAUGUGCGUCAGCGAGAACUUAAGAUGAUGGAAAUGGAAAGUGACCUUAAGAUAAAGUUACAGGAACGAGACACCUCCGGCAGUAAAUUGUCCGAGAAGGUGACCGAACUAGAGGCACGAAUUGCUGAGGCAAAUGCCUCACAAUCACAGCUAGAUCAGGAACUUACGAGAGCUAAGCAGACAAUCAAGGAUCUUGAAGAAGACCGCAAUGAAAAGGAAAAAACGGUACAGGAAAUGGUAUCGAAACUAUCAUCAAACGAGGCUUCAUUGCAGGCGGAAAUCGUUUUACGUCAAGAGAAAGAAUCGAUGAUGCUGAAACUGCAGCAAGAUUUGGAGUCGCUCGCAACCGAUGGCGAAAGCAGUGCAGCUCUGCUCAAUGCCAAGCAGGAGGAACUAUCCAAACAAGCCAAACUGUUGCAACAGGUCGAAGCGGAUAAGGUAAAGCUGCAGCAAGACCUUACCACUCUACAGCAAAAGUUUGAACAGUCUCAAUCCGAGCAUGAUUUGUUGAUAGCGGAGCUACAUGCACACGCCGACACUGAGCGGAACGCAAUGGUGGAGCUAAGAAGGCAAUUGCAAACAGCCGAAAAUGAAAAUCUUGCCAAAGAUAAGCAGCUAGAGGAAAAUGAGGUGUUGGUAGGAGCGUUACAAAACGAGCUGAAAGAACUGAACGUGUCCAAAGCUAAUCUGCACCAGGAGCUUACGACAAUAAAGGCCAGUUUUGCAGACCAGGAUGGAACGCUGGCAAAUAUCUUGCAGGAAAAGACAGAUUUGGAAAAACGUAUAGAAGAGAAUAAACAGGAAAUGAUGGCUAAGGUAAAGCAGCAUGAGGAAGAUUUGAAAAAUCGUGAAGAAUCCUUACGCAAGGAACUGGAGACAAAUAAAUUGUCGGCUCAAGAGCAACUAUCGGCAAAGGAUGGGGAGCUUUCGCGGCUUUCUCAGGCUGGAGAAGAGCUUCAAAAACAGUUGUUGACCGCUCAGCAGCAGCUGAAGGAUGUCUCAGAAAAGGUACAACAGUCUGAAGAAAAAAUUGCUGCCAAAACAAUUGAUGCACAAACGCUAGAGCAGCAGCUCUCUGCACUCCAGACAGUUGUAACCUCGAAGGAUGAACAAAUAGCUAAGCUAAAUACAGCACUGUCCGAUAGUAAUGUCCGGGAAGAGGUAGGUGGAAAGAAACUGUCUGAAGCUCAAGAGCAAUAUGGUAAACUCGAAAUAGAACAUGCUGAUUUGCGACGGAAAAUGGAAGCACUGGAGCAAAAGUCCGCACAGGUACAACAACAGAAGCUGGACCUGGAGAAGGAGCUCGAUACGCAGCGCUCCAGCACGCUGGAUUCGAACUCGGAGCUCGCAAAGCUAAACGACGAGCUAAAGGCGAAACAGCGCGCACUGGACAAGUUGCGUGACAGUUACGACACACUUAAAAUCGAAACGGAACGUCGAGCGGAUGAAAAUGCUCAAACAAACGCAACACUGCAAGAUCAGGUGGAACGUGCGCGACAAGAGAUGCAACAGAUCACCGAUCAGAAAAUCAUUCAGGAGAAUGAGCUCAACAUGGAGCUGCGCAAGAUCAAAGAGAACGCCGAACAGGAGCAGGAAAAUUUGGUGCGUACGAUUGCCGAUUUGAAGGCAUCUUUCGAACAGGAACGGCAACGAAUGGUAGGCGAACUAUCUGAGGAGGUGGCAAAGAAUAAUUCACUGAGCGAGGAACUGGUGACUGUGCGAAAAUCUUUAGAAAAUUCUGUUGAGCAGCUUAAGCGUGAAUUGGAGAAUGCUAUAGCGGAAGCCAAAAAGGAACAAGAACUCAAGGAGUUUGCAGUUUGUGCGGCUACGGAACGGGAAGAUACACUUCAAAAGCAGCUACAACAAAGCCAGGAAGAAACAAACAACCUAAGGCAUCGACUCGAAGAUGUUCAGAAAUCAAUGGAGCAAGGAAGCCAAGACUUAGCUACCAAAAUCGAUCAGAAAACUCAGCGUAUCGUUGAGUUGGAGCAGGAACUGAGCGAAAAACGAAGUCUGCUGCAGAAACGAACGGUGGAAGUGAACGAUAUGAUCGAUAAGCUGCAAGAAAAUGGGAAAGCUCACGCGGAAAUGUUGCAACAGCUACAGGAUUGCUACAGUGAGAUUGAAUCGUUGAAAAAGGCAAAAGAACAGUCUGAGGAAUCCUGUCAGCAAAUAGAAAAACGUCUGCAAGAUUUGAAUAGUUCUUACAGCGAGAUGGAAGAGGAACAGGUCGAUCUUGUAAGCCGUGAGGAGACGCUCAAGAAGGAACUAACUUUACUGCAGGAACAAAUGCAACAGGCAGCUCUCGAGCAUAAGGAGCGUUUCGAUGUAAUUGCAAGUAAAAAUGAGGAGCUUUUAAAACAACUGGAUACAGCGUCCACGGCAAAGGGAGCUACGGACACUGAGCUAAACUCAUUGAAACAACAACUGGAAAACAAAUCUGCCGCUCUAGUAGCACUGCAAGCGAAGGUUGAUGAAUUAAAUCCACUCUUGCAAACGAAGAUAAAUUUGGAAGGCCAGCUACAAACGCUGGAACAGACGGUUUCGGCAAAGGAAGCCACGGUGCUUGAGUUGUCUGGUGCGCUACAAGAGCUUAACAAGCAAACACUGAUAAAGGAUGCCAAAAUGGUGGAGAAAGAAGACGAAUUUAAGCAGCUCAGUGAAUCUAUGGUUAAUAAGGAAACCCAGCUAAAGGACCUGCAGCAACAGUACGAUGCAGUACAGAAAAGUUUGGCAGAAAGCACGGAACACGGCAAGCGCGCUUCUGGGGAAGUAUCCGAGUUGAAAGAAGCACUAGAAAAAUCGCGCUCCUCCCAAAAGGAGUAUGAAGAGCGUGUAAAGGAACAACAGCGACGUGUUAGUGAACUGGAGACAAAACUGUCCGCACAAGCGACUCAAUUCGAUGAGCUGCUCAACCGUAAGAAAUCUGCCGAAACUGAGUAUUCGCAUCGCACGCAUGAACUAUCACAGAAACUACUAGAAGUGGAAAGUGCCAAAAAGCAAGAGAUCGACGAGCUGCAGCAACGUCUUGCGGAACUAAUGCAGAAGGUCGAAACGCAAGUCUCGGAAACGGCACAAACCGUCAGCAGUAAGCGAGUGGCCGAAAAGCGUCAGCAGGAGCUCGAGUGUACAAAAAAGGAGCUGGAGCUGCGUGAAACUGAGCUACAGCUUGCAAACCGUCGGCUCGAGAAGGAUAACGAACAUCUUCGAUCGCAGCUGGUUGUGAAGGAAAGUGAACUAACGAAGCUUGCGAAGGCAGCUAAUGCAGCAGCGUCGGCCGCAGACAUCGGUGUUCCCAAUAGGAUUGUCAGCGAAAUGAAGGAAGAUGAUUCUGGUGCGCAGAUCGAUUUUCUUAACUCGAUCAUUGUCGAUAUGCAGCGUAAGAAUGAAAAGUUAACGCUAAGGAUACAGGCGCUCGAAUCGACCAGUGCGGAGAGUCACAACAUGAGCUUCGAGAUCCAGAAGCGUAAACCAGCACCGCGUGUGUUUUGUGACAUCUGCGAUGAGUUCGAUCUGCACGAAACGGAAGACUGCCCGAAGCAAUGCUCGGACAGUCCACCGGAGUCCCUCAAGCAUCCUUCGGACGGUAAGGAGCGAAAGGUACCACCGCCACGGAAAUACUGUGAAAGUUGCGAAGUGUUUGGACAUGAAAUAGGCGAGUGUCCCGAUGAUGAAACGUAUUAAAGAGCAACACUUCCUCGAUUAUCAUCCGUCGUGGUCAAUGCUGGUUUCUUCCAUAUUUUAGUAGCCUAGACAUUUUUCCUAGAUAGUUUUGGAAGCAAUUUUACGGUAGAAACCAUGUUGUGUUGUUAGGGAACGAGGGAACAGUAAUUUAUUAAACACUAGAAGCAGCUUUAAUAGUUGAAUGCUUUCCGUUGCCUUAACAAGGCCGUAAGUAGGAAAUGAUUUCGUGCAGCGAACUUAUGUUGUUCCGUUUUAAAUUCUAUCAUUUUUCGCGUUCGGAUGAUGAUUUGAUACACAUCAGCAGAAAUUAAGUAUGUUAGAUAGAAUAACUCAAUAUUUAUACUGAAACAAUAUAGGUCACCAUUCUUAAGCACUAAAA